AUGAAAAAAAAGGUUGACAAGGGUAAAAAGGUUAACAAGGACAUAGAAGUUGAAAAGGUUAAAGAGGUUGACAAGGUUAAAAAUAUUAGAGAUAACUCGAUCACUUUUAGAAUUAGAAGAUUUAAAGAAAAUCUCGCAAUGCGUCUCAACAAAGAUGUUGUCUUUGUAUUUGCUAUGAGAACUACAUAUGAUGGAAAUCGUUCUAAUGGGUUUGCAUUAAUAUACGAAAAUGCUGAAUUUGCUAAAAAAUAUGAACCUCGACACAGGGUUAAAAAA